GCGUGUUGUGUAAGGUGUGCUCGGGCCUGCGCACAGCUCAGACACACCACUAGAUGACAGCACUGUCUCACCAAUUAGCUUGUGAAAAAAAAUAGACCAGCAAUAUUCCAACUCCAUAUCGCAAGGAUGUGGACUGUCCCUUCCUGUUUUAGUGCCGAGGGAGCCACCGUACCGACUCACACCGGAGCAGGAAUACAGGCGCUCACAACGCGAUUAUGUCUGGAUCCUCGCUGUGCUCGUCAAAUACACGAAGCUGUGUUCUCCGCCGGGGGCUGUGCUGGCUUAUAUAUUAGGGAAUGCUGUUAUGUUAUUCUACGGGUAGCUGGUAACAUAGCAGGCCUGUUUAUUGCGCUGCCAACCCUUGUUCCUUUCCUGUGUCAAUGAUUGUCCUCUCAUGGCGGAGACUAAAAUCAUAUAUCACAUAGACGAGGAGGAGACUCCUUAUCUGGUCAAGCUGUCCGUUUCUCCAGAGAAAGUCACCUUAGCGGAUUUCAAAAAUGUCCUCAACAAUCGGCCGGUCAACAGCUACAAAUUCUUCUUCAAAUCGAUGGACCAGGAUUUUGGGGUUGUCAAAGAAGAGAUUUCCGAUGACAACGCCAAGCUGCCCUGCUUCAACGGGAGAGUAGUGUCCUGGUUGGUCCUGGCAGAGAGUGCCCACUCGGAUGGCGGAUCUCAGUGCACAGAGAGCCACCCGGAGCUGCCCCCUCCUCUUGAGAGAACGGGAGGCAUCGGAGACUCGCGGCCCCCCUCCUUCCAUGCCAAUGCGGUGAGCAUUCGAGAUGGCCUGGACACCGAAACGGGUACGGAGUCUCUCCUGAGCCACCGCAGAGAGCGAGAGAGAGAGCGGGCGCGGAGGAGAGCUCGAGAAACUGAGCUCCCUCGCAUCAACGGUCACUCGAAAUCAGAGCGCACUGCGAGGGACUCAGCCAUGGGUUACGACAGCGCCUCGGUAAUGAGCAGCGAGCUGGAGUCCAGCUCAUUUGUGGACAGUGAGGAAGAUGAGGAUGCCAGCAGGCUCAGUAGCUCCACAGAACAGAGUUCCUCUUCGCAGCUGAUGCGCCGACACAAGCGCCGCCGACGGAGGCACAAAGUGGCCAAAAUAGAUCGGUCGUCAUCCUUCAGUAGUAUCACAGACUCCACCAUGAGCCUCAACAUCAUCACGGUCACGCUCAACAUGGAGAAGUACAACUUUUUGGGUAUCAGUAUUGUCGGUCAGAGCAACGACAGGGGAGACGGCGGCAUUUACAUCGGCUCCAUCAUGAAAGGAGGAGCUGUUGCUGCCGAUGGAAGAAUAGAGCCUGGAGACAUGCUCCUUCAGGUGAAUGACGUCAACUUUGAGAACAUGAGCAACGAUGACGCUGUGAGGAUCCUCAGAGAGAUCGUUUCCAAAACUGGUCCUAUUAGUCUUACUGUUGCCAAAUGUUGGGACCCGUCUCCACGAAGCUAUUUCACCAUCCCACGUGCUGAACCAGUGAGACCUAUCGACCCUGCAGCCUGGAUUUCACACACCACCGCCUUGACAGGCCCUUACCCACACUAUGAGUUUGAUGACCUGCCUCUAUCGGCGAGUAAAACAGACAUGGCAACCAUCGUCAAGGUGAUGCAGUUGCCAGACUCUGGCCUGGAAAUUCGAGACAGGAUGUGGUUGAAGAUCACCAUCGCCAACGCUGUCAUAGGUGCUGACGUGGUCGACUGGCUUUACUCCAGAGUAGAAGGAUUCAAGGACCGGCGGGAUGCGAGAAAGUACGCCAGCAGUCUGCUGAAACACGGCUACCUGAGACACACCGUCAACAAGAUCACCUUCUCCGAGCAGUGCUACUAUACCUUCGGGGACCUCUGUCAAAACAUGGCAUCACUCAAUUUAAACGAGGGAUCCAGCGGCGGAGGCUCUGAGCAGGACACUCUGGCACCGCUUCCACCCACCAGCAACCCCUGGCCCCUGGGCGGGCAGCCAUACCCCUAUCCUCCCUUUCCCUCCGCACCCCCCAGCUUCCCGCCAGGCUACUCAGACCCGUGCCACAGUUUCCACAGUGGGAGUGCGGGCAGCCAGCACAGCGAGGGAAGCCGAAGCAGUGGAUCCAACCCCAGUGCAGGCAAAGGGAGACGUUCCUCCCCACAGGAGAAGGGUCAGAGGUCAACAUGCAGCGAAUCAGAGCCCCGCGUCCGUGGAGGGAAGCGCGGUGAUAGGUCCGCCAGCCAAAUGAGCCACCACAGCCACGCCAUCUCAAGUCACAGUCACGCCCGAUCAAGCCUCAGUCACAGUCAAUCACACAGGAGCCACACUGUCUCACAGAACAGCCACCCAUCCUUCACUUACAGCCACGCCCCCUUCACCCAGCCAGGGCCAGGCUCGUGUGCCCACAGUGAGCGGAGCCAUGCCUCCUCCUACGGCCCCCCAGGCUUACCUCCCCCUUAUUGUCUGGCCCGACUGGCCCCUAAGACCUCGUACAGCAGCAGCACGCCCCCCGGAGCCCCUCCUGGGAGAGAGUUAGCAGCCGUUCCUCCUGAGCUCACCGCCAGUCGCCAGUCCUUCCAGCAUGCUAUGGGCAAUCCCUGUGAGUUCUUUGUUGACAUCAUGUAACAGGACAGUGCCUUUUAAAACUCAUGGAGCACAAAACAGUUGUUUUCCCCCAAACUCUGUCACCUCCUUCUCCCUUUCCUCGCGAUCCUUUGCCUCUGACUGUCUCCAAGUUCAGAAUGUAGACCCUGACUGGCCCUCCACCUACCCCCUGCUAUCUGUCUAUCCUUCUGAUGUCUAAGCAAAGGAAUACAGACAGCAAGCGCACAACAGGAGGGAGUCCUCUCACAAACACAAGCAAGGGUCCUCUGUGGCUGAAAACCCUCUUCUGUAUUGACGUGACGUGUACAGUUUGUGAAAUGUGAGUGGUAUUCAGUGUGGUGAUUUUUUGAAAGCUGCCACGCAGACAUUCCUCGGGAGUGUGUACUCUACCUAGGAUAUUUUUUGUUCUGCAAGACCUUUAAGCUGGCUGGGCCCUGGAUCUCAAUCCCCCAGACCCAGACCGAAAACUACAGCCCGCACUUACCCGCACCCGAACAUUUCUCUGGGUCUAGUACUUGGAAUCGAUCUCCUGACUCGUAUCUAUGCGUACAGAUACAAUUUAGCAAGUGACGCCAAACUUCUUGUCCCGUUUCCUUUCUACUGUGGCAUUGCCACCAGCUUGUUUAAGCUCUUACCUGCCAACUACUAAACGCUAACCUUGACCAGUUCACGAUUUGUGGAUUACUUCUAUUUCAUAAGGGAGGCCCCGUAGCCAGUCGUUAGUUUAACUAGGCUGCAUAUUGCAUGACUGUCUCAACUGCUUUAAAGAAAAGAAAUUUUAUUAAUACAUUUUGUUUAAAGUAUUACCAUUACUGGGAGGAGGCAUUACCUCUUGCCAAUGUUCUAAAGGAAGAAUCCGUACACUGGAUGAUUUUUUUGUGCUGUUAUUUAUGUGAUCAUGUUGCAUUGAUGGUGUCAUACUUGGCUGACUGACAGACAAUCAGACAUCAUCAUUUGUGAAUCAGUGGCCUGUUGCCACUGUCCAACUGUGCUUUGUCGAAUGUAUCAUUAUUCCUGUUAGUGAUUAAGAAACCCUGACAUUCAUAACACGUUGGUUAGGUAAGAAAACCAACUUACAAACAGGAUUGCAAACAGUGGACACACAGCCACAGCUGUGAAAGCGAGCUCAAAGUGGUGACACGAGAUGAACCAGGAUGCAUCAGAGCGUCACGGUCAUUUACGAACUUCCUUCCUGAGCUUUGAUAAAAAGUCAGUGCGAUAAAAGCCAAAGCCUCGCAAACGUGUGGUGGUUAUUUCUCAGCAAUGCAGACACUGUCAAUGAUGUAAAAACUCCUUUAUGAAUAUCAUCUGGCACUUCUCAUUUUACGUCUACCAAGUGACUUCAAGGGGAAUCCUGGCCUUCAGAUUCUGAUCUCCUUGCAAAACAAUGGCAAACCCCUGUUGUAUCUACCUAAAGUUUAGUUACAGGAGGGAAAUCACACACCAACACCAGUUUUAUGAGCACUUUUCCAUUUUGUCUCUCCCUCCCCUUUAGUAUGAAACACUGUUUGCAAUCAAAGCUUUCUCUUUAAUUUUGUUUCUUUACAAAAGAAGAAUAAAUUGUACAUAGAAAUUUAUUAUAUAUGAAUAAAAAAUAUAUAUGUUAAAAACUG